CCCAAACUUCACAGAUCAACCAAGCAUUCUUUAUUCAACUGUUCUUUAUUAUUUACUUCUCAUUCCUCAAUAGUCAAAGACGGUGCGGGUGCUGUCGAUGAAGAUGAUUUUAUCCGUGCGUUUGAGGAAGUUCCAACAGUGCAGAUUUUUUCCAACCGAGACCUUGAAGAAUCCAUCAACAAAAUUAGAGAAGUUUUAUCUGACGAUAAGCAUGAUUGGGAACAGCGAGUAGCUGCUCUUAAAAAAAUAAGGUCUUUAAUGCUAAGUGGAGCGGCAGAAUAUGAAUGUUUCUUCCAAAAUCUGCGACUUUUAGAUGGAGCAUUUAAAUUAUCAGCAAAAGAUCUACGAUCACAAGUUGUACGGGAAGCUUGUAUAACAUUGGGGCAUCUCUCAUCUGUUUUGGGAAACCGUUUUGAUCAUGGUGCAGAAGCUAUUAUGCCAACGUUGUUCAAUCUUGUACCUAAUAGUGCGAAAAUCAUAGCUACAUCUGGUAUAGCAGCUAUAAGAUUAAUUAUUCGACAUACACACUUCCAUCGAUUAAUACCUAUCAUUUCAAGCAAUUGUGCAUCGAAGUCUGUGGCAGUACGGAGGCGUUCAUUUGAAUUUUUGGAUCGGCUACUUCUGGAAUGGCAAACACACUCACUAGAAAAACAUGUAACACUUUUGGCUGAAACAAUAAAGAAAGGGAUCCAUGACGCAGAUUCAGAAGCAAGACUGGAAGCUCGAAAAGUGUAUUGGGAUUUUCACAGUCACUUCAGUAGAGAGGCUGAAAUAUUGUUUAAUUCGUUGGAGCCUGCCUACCAGAAACCUCUGCAGUCUCAUUUGAAAAACUCAGACAGCAUUGUUUCCUUGCCACAGUCUGAUCGCUCGUCAUCCAGCUCACAAGAAAGCCUAAAUCGCCCCCUGUCUACAAAACGCAGUCCUACUGGAAGCACUGUAUCACGAGCUUCAACAGUCAAUGUGAAGCCUGUGUCUAACACUGGAUCCCUGCAACGUUCUCGCAGUGAUAUUGAUGUGAAUGCAGCUGCUAAUGCUAAGUCGCGCUUGACUGCCACUCCAAGUAAUACACCUGGACACUUCAGCUCAGCAGCAGCUCUACCUCCAGGGUCCUACGCUUCACUAGAUGGCACAUCCACUAAAGCUGAGGGGUUUUCUACAAAGAAGGAUGGUCGAGUGCGCUCUAGACGUCAGAGUGCUGGGAGUACCACCAGUGUAGCCAGUACGCCCUCUGAUACCAGAGGCCGAAGCCGAGCUAAAGUAGUGUCUCAGUCCCAACGAUCCAGAUCAGCUAAUCCUGCAGGCGCUGGAAGUCGAUCCAGUUCACCUGGAAAGCUUCUUGGUAGUACAUAUUCCGGCAUGAGUAGUGGGCCGCAGAGAGUAUCUGUUGCACCUCAAGCAUCUGAGAAACGCAGCAAAAUCCCUCGCAGCCAGGGAUGCAGUAGGGAAGCCAGCCCCAACAGAUUGGGCUUGGCUUCUCGUCGGCACUCAAGGUCCACCAGUGCACUCUCCACUGCUGAUUCAAUUGGGCAGCCAGAUCGAUACGGGCUUGGACAAGCUGGUCGAUUGCCUCCUACAGUAAAUGCCAUGAGGGUUCUCAACACAAGCACAGAGGUGGAGGCUGCUGUUGCAGAUGCCUUGCUGUUAGGAGACUCCAGGACUAAGAAAAAACCCGUGAGAAGGCGAUAUGAGCCAUAUGGGAUGUACUCUGAUGAUGAUGCAAACAGUGAUGCAUCUAGCGCUUGUUCAGAGCGGUCAUAUGGCUCCAGAAAUGGAGGCAUUCCACACUACCUGCGUCAAACAGAGGAUGUGGCUGAGGUCUUAAACCACUGUGCUAGUUCAAAUUGGUCUGAGAGAAAAGAGGGACUUGUCGGCCUUCAAAAUCUGUUGAAAAGUCAGAGGACAUUAAGCCGAGUUGAAUUGAAGCGAUUGUGUGAGAUUUUCACUCGUAUGUUUGCAGAUCCUCAUAGCAAGAGAGUAUUCAGCAUGUUUUUGGAAACUUUAGUAGAUUUCAUCAUCAUCCACAAGGAAGACCUCCAGGAUUGGCUGUUUGUGCUCCUGACUCAGCUUUUAAAGAAGAUGGGUGCAGAUUUAUUAGGUUCUGUACAGGCCAAGGUUCAGAAGGCACUAGAUGUUACCAGAGAGUCCUUCCCAUUUGAUCAGCAAUUCAAUAUUCUUAUGCGUUUUAUAGUGGAUCAAACACAAACACCUAACCUCAAGGUUAAAGUUGCAAUCUUGAAAUACAUUGAGAGGCUGGCAAGGCAGAUGGACCCAGUCGAUUUUGUUAAUUCCAGUGAGACCCGUCUUGCUGUUUCCCGAAUCAUAACUUGGACAACCGAACCAAAGAGCUCUGAUGUGAGAAAGACUGUGCAUAGUUGGUUGAGUGAUGAGGUGUUGGCCAGGUCCUGUUCGAGUACCUCUGGGCCUGGUGAAAUUGGCCUGGAAGAAAAGUGUAAACAGGCUGCGCAGGUCGUGCUGAUUUCUCUGUUUGAGCUGAACACUCCUGAGUUCACUAUGUUACUUGGUGCCUUGCCAAAAACAUUCCAAGAUGGUGCCACCAAGCUCCUUCACAAUCACUUGAAGAACUCUAGCAACACUAGUGUGAGUUCACCUAGCAACACAAUGGGACGCACACCUUCACGACACUCCAGCAGCCGAACAAGCCCCCUCACAUCUCCGACAAAUUGUUCGCAUGGUGGUCUCUCCCCAAGUCGAUACUGGGGUUGGAGUGCAGAUGGGCUGUCAAAGCAUCCCCCCACCCCUUCUCAGCCUCACUCCAUCCCCACAGUUCCUACCCACAAGACCUUCCGGCGUUCUUACUCGCCCAGCAUGUUGGAUUAUGACACAGAAAACCUUAACUCCGAUGAAAUUUAUAGUUCCCUUCGUGGGGUCACACAAGCCAUCCAGAACUUCAGUUUCCGCAGUCAAGAAGAUUUAAAUGAACCAAUUAAACGCGAUGGAAAGAAAGACUGUGAUACUGUAUCAAGGGAUGGAGGAAUUGCAUCGCCAUCCUCUGACAUCCGUGGAGGUGGUGAACCUGUAGAAGGAGGAAGAACUGCACUUGACAACAAAACAUCUUUACUUAACACUCCACCACCCCGGUCUUUCUCUGGACCUCGCACUAGAGAAUACAAUCCAUAUAACUAUUCAGAUACAAUCAAUGUGUUUGACAAGACAGCACUCAAAGAAGCUAUGUUUGAUGAUGAUAUGGAACAAUUCCGUGAUGUUCCCAUUGAUCAUUCAGAUUUGGUUGCUGACCUUCUGAAAGAACUAUCCAAUCACAAUGAGCGAGUUGAAGAACGGAAGGCAGCGCUACUGGAACUUCUAAAAAUAACCAGGGAGGAUACUCUAGGGGUGUGGGAUGAGCACUUCAAGACUAUUCUACUUUUGCUUCUAGAAACCCUAGGUGACAAAGAUCAUUCCAUUAGAGCAUUAGCCUUAAGAGUUCUACGGGAAAUUCUACGUAAUCAACCAGCAAGGUUUAAAAACUACGCAGAACUAACAAUUAUGAAAACACUAGAAGCACAUAAAGAUUCCCAUAAAGAGGUGGUAAGAGCUGCUGAAGAAGCUGCUUCCACAUUGGCGAGCUCCAUUCAUCCUGAACAAUGUAUUAAAGUGCUCUGCCCCAUCAUCCAGACUGCUGACUACCCCAUCAAUCUAGCUGCCAUUAAGAUGCAAACAAAAGUGACAGAGCGGAUCUCCAAGGAGUCUCUGCAUCAGCUUCUUCCAGAUAUCAUCCCAGGAUUGCUUCAGGGUUAUGACAACACAGAAAGUAGUGUGCGUAAGGCAAGUGUGUUCUGUUUGGUGGCAAUUUAUUCUGUAAUUGGAGAAGAGCUAAAACCUUAUCUUGCACAGCUCACAGGAAGUAAGAUGAAAUUAUUGAACUUAUACAUAAAAAGGGCCCAGACAACAAACAGCAACAGUAGCUCAUCGUCAGAUGUGUCAAGUCAUAGUUAACAGAUGGCAGUCAUGUUUCUUUAGACGGAUGAAGCCGUGCCUCUUCAGAGACCUAUCUGCUCAGAUUUUGAAAUCCAUGUGCCCUUGGAGUGAACAAUUGCUGCACAUCAGUGUUUGUUCUUAAGUAAUAUAUGCAGUUGCUUAGCUUUAAUCUUACAGCUGUUACUUGAUCAUAAUGUGAUGCCUGUUUAAUAUGUGACCUAGAAUAAAAGAAGGCCUAUAGUGAGUCUUUGACAGUCCAGUGGUGACAUCAAGUGAAGCAGCGAGUGAAGGUUAAGUUAUUGUCAUCCUUAAACCUGAAGUUUGUGACAUACAUACAUGAGUAUUAUUCCACAUGAUGUAAUUUUAAGUAUUAUACAUAAAAUAUCUGCUGUUAAAUUACACCAGAAGUGACAUUGCCACACUUUUUCUUAGCAGCUACUGGUGUAGACAUGUCAAGUUCUUGCUAAGCCAAGUGAUAUCUCACUGGAUUGAACUAUUAUUACUGUAGAAGAUUGAAGCAACUUUUUACUACUGCUGCCAGUAUUUCACACUUCAGGUUUUAAAUUGCAACCAUCUCACAAUUGAAGAUUUGCAUGGAAGCACAAAAAAAGGCAUGAUUGUCCUUUUUUGGGAACUGUAAGACGGCAAUUUGGUGAAGACUAGCUACUGUAUUAUGGAACUUCUUUUCAAAACUAUUGUACUUUCUUCUUCUUUCUCACUAUUGGUUCCACUUCUCUUUCCUUCCCCAUCCCUGGAUAAUUGCCUCAUUAUUUGGAAAUGCAGGGGGAAGCUUGUUGUAUAUCCAUGCCUUUGAAAUGGGUGCUCCUAUCCUUGCCUUAGCAAGAACCAAGAAAAAUCAAAUUAAUGCACCUGAGAUUAUAUCAGCCUGAAAAUGAAAUCCAAAUUUGUAGUUCUCUGUUUGAGAGUCCUGUUCAUCAAGAGUUUUGGAAACACCCAUUUAUGUUGUAAUAUUAGAUUUUAUGUGAUGGAACGUAAAAACCACUGAAUUUCUACAUAUAAUUUAAGUCUAAUAUGUAAUUUAGUAGGCCUGUGUUCCCAUUCCUCCGAAAUGAGUUGGAGUGAAGUUGGGAAGAAAAGCUGAAAUGAUCAUGCAAAGUUUGUCGUUGCAGUUCAGUUUCCAUUCCAAGUUUGGCUGCCUGAAAUAUGAUCCACUGAAGGCAAUGAUUUGUCACAUCAUGAUUUUAUAUUCUGCUGUGGUGGAAACAAAUCCAUAGGUUUGGUAUAAAUCACCAGUUAGCAAUUAUUCUUGUUAUGAGAAUGCAAACUGUUCAAUAGUAAUACUUACCUUCUUAAAAACUUGAAUGCCAACUAUCUGCGUCCUUCUGGUCACCAUCUUUGGUUAUGAUUGUUCCAUCUGCAUAAACAUUUGUAUGUUCUGAUGCUGUUUAUUUUUUUACCCAGUCCUGUAUUUUGCUGACUUUGCCACAGGAGGUUUCUUCUUCAGUUGUAUCACACUUUGGCAUCUCCCAGAAUGGUUUAUGCCAGUUGUGAAUCAGUUGUGGGAAGCUAUUCUUCUCCUCUAUUCAGUCAUGAAUUGUACUUUAAUUUUCCUUUCAUUCAGUAGCUUCUGAAUUCUAGCAUUUGAAGAAAGAAUGUCAGUCAAAAGAUUUCCAUCGUUCAAGCUGAAAUUUCGGAAGCAAAAUCCUUCUUAAAAGCAUAAGUUGUACAACAGAGACAGAGUUAAGUAUUGCUUGAAAAAAGAGCCAUGUUGCCAAAGCUGCUUGUUUUGCACUCAUGCCACAUUAUCUUGUACUGUUGAAUGCAAGGUGAAAAGCUUUGCCAGCAUGUUUCUUUUUUUAAGCAAUAUUAAAGUUCUAAUGUGACCAAGCAACUGAAAGAGAACUCCUCAAGUUGAGUCAUCUAACAACAACAAAAUCAACAAAAGUUAUUGAGGAUUUGGAACAACCAAGCAUAGUCUUGUGUGGCAGUGUUUAUUUCUACUUUGCUUUCUAGGUUGACGUUAGAUAAAUAUUCUUCUCUUUAAAAUGAACUUGGAGCAAAGAAAUGCCCACAUGGGGGCAGUGACUUAAUGGUAAUGUAUUGGAGGUAUGGGUCCAAAUUCUACCUUAGCAACUUAAUUCUUUCAUAGGAAGAGCUAGUGGCUGGCAGGGCCAACAUUUGUUGCCCACCUCUAAUUGCCCUUGAGCUGAAUAAUUGGUACACUGUUUCAGAGAUGAGCUAAGAAUGAACCACAUUACUGUGGACCUGGUGUCACAUGUAGGCCAGACUGGCUCAAGAUGGCACAUUUGCUUCCCGAGCGAUAUUAGUGAGCCAUUUGGGAUUUUACAGUAAUAGUUGUCAUUAUUCAGAUAGCUUUGUAUUCUAGAUUUUAGAUUCCAUCAGCUGCUAUUGGGUAAUCUGAAUCAGUGAGCCCCAGGAAAUUAUCCUGCACCUCUGAAUUGUGCGUUGUGAUAUUACUAUGAUUCUGCCAUCUGAAAUAUAAAGCUAGCCUCAGUAAUAGUGACCAUCAGACUAUCACUGGUUGUCAUUAAAACCUACCUUAUUCACGAAUGUCAAUUAGGAAAAGAAAUUUGCCAUCCUUGCCUUGUUUGCCCAAUAAUUGACUCCAGACCUGCAGCAAUGUGUUUGACUCUUAAUUGCCCUCUGAAAUGACAUAGCAAGUCACUCAGUUCAAGGGCACUUAGGGAUGGGUAACAAAUGCUGGUCUUACCAGCGACACUCACUUCCCAUAAAAAAUGAUGCUGUGGCCACCCCACCAGAUUGUAUGCUGGUUUCAUUUUAUUUUUAACUUGUAAACAGGGCAUAGAAGAUUUAUUAGAAGAAAUGAAGUCCAAGGCAUUCCUGGUCCCAAGUAAUACUUAACCCGUUGGUUAGUUGGCUGCGUUAAAUUCCUACCAGUUAGGAUUGGCCAACAUCCUAUAGAAUACACGGGAAAAUAAUCAGACAAUCAUAAGAGUAACUAACCAAAACACUUGUGACUUGAACUUGCCUUCAAGAAAAUAAUGCAAUUAGUAGAGCUUUACUCAAAUCUAGAUCUCUGCAUGUGAUCUUUCUAUCUCCAUAAAUUGUAGAAUUGUUUUUUUAAUUUGAAUAAUUGUUAUCACCCUCACAUUGUAACAUUGUUACUCUCCUCCAUUCCCUGAGUCCCAACUCUCCAACAUGUCUGACAUUUUGCUUUGGAUACCUCCUCAGGACUUUUGGGUAUAAAUGUGACACUUAAAUUAAUUGUAUUUUUUUAAACAUUUUCAUGUUAUUUUUGAGUUUUAAAUAUUCUGUUGAUGUUUGUUUUAGUUGAAAUUUUGGCUCCCUCCAAUCUCAAAUAAAUGCUUAAAACUUUUACAGUCUGUUCAUUUUUUUGCUCCCCACUGGUAAGUGGAGCCCUUGUGAUUGCCCCCACCCCCUCCGAAAAAUAAACAUUUUGCUGAAUGCUUUGACUAGGAGGAGAAAAAUUAAAGUUGGCCACCUGGGGGAGCUGUUGUAGGAUACAAGAAAUGUUAACCAGUUUGUCCAGUAUGUUGUCCUUAGUUACCUUGACAUGUUUUACUCUGAAGUAGAAGAUAAUUUUGAUUUUUUUUUUAAAUCUUGACCCAAUUUACAGGUGGGUGACCCAGGUACUAUCACUUGCCUUUCAUAUAUUUUAUGCGGUGUAAAUGUUAGCAGCAUUAGCUAAGGAAAGAGCAAAAGCAGAAACUCAAUGUUGUAAACUAGGUAUUAUAAAUAAUUAAUAAAUUUAGGUUUGACUAAAGUUAUCUGGCCCCAAAUUGACUAGUUUAUCCUUUCAUGAUCAACAUUGGAAAACUAUUGGAUAUUUUUAUGUGAAGUAUUCAUCAUGAUCCUUUUUAAUUGUUUAUUGUAUUUUAUGUUUGUGUACCAUUUAUAAGAAUUAAAUAAUCCAAACAUUUUUAGUUAUUUCUCUUGAAGUUAAAGACACAGAUGUACUGUAAUACCCAACCAAUUGUUUCAUCUUUUCAUUUUACUUUUAUAAAAGUUUGAAAUGUGAAUGAGCUUUUUUGAACUCUAAGUGAGCUUAGCACAGUGGCUGACGUCGUCUCGGAUUCAAAAGUGAUCAGUGCACUAAAUACACAGCUGGUGAAAAUAUAUUUCCAUGAUUGUUCUCAACUUUGUGACUUUUAUGCCUUCAAAUUGUGGAGUUUUGUAUUCUAUUCUUUACAAUGCAAUUAAUUUUUCAAGACUACUUAAUUAUAUGGCUGGUGUACAAAAUUAAGAAUACCCUCUUGCGCACUAGUAAUGUAACAAAGCUUUGUAUUAAAUGCACACUCCUUCUGGAUUUAGGUGAUAUUUGUUAAAUUCAUGCCUGCACUGUUGGGACCAAAAACCCCAAUUGGAGGAGAAAUUUUGGAGCAGUUAUGCUCCUGCAUCUUUUUAUUUUUAAGAUUAGUAUGUUUAAUGAAUCAUGUUUCAAAAUGUGGCUUUAAAGAAGGCAUAAAUUGUCUAAUGCUGUGGUGACUGACUGUCCAGGACAUGCAGUGCUCAACAUUGGCAGAUUUUGAUUUGAAAAUUAAUACCCUUCAUAGCAAAUGGAUUUAUCAGCUGUACCUGAAAGUCACAAUGAUUUUCAGUAUCCAUGUUGUUGAAUAUGGUUUGGCAUGUUAACUUUCAAAAAUACGUAAUAUCUCUGUUUUAAGGUAUAUACAUUAUUGCAAUGUUGAUAAUGCCAUUUUAAACUGUAUAUACUGUGAUUAAAGGAUAAUUAAGCAAUCUGAAGCUGACUCUAUACUUCAAAGAUGUUUAGCUGUUGCAUGCUAUGCUCUUCCCCUUCUCUUUCUCAUGUUUUCUCAUACCCCUGUCUCCUCAACACCACCCCUCACCCCUGCCAAAGUUUCCCUGCUACAAAUCCUCCGAAUUCAUUCAGCUGGAAAUAACGUGUGACAACAAUGGGCCUUCUUUUAUUCCUUGCAACUUUUGUGCUAUAGGCAGGUAAAUGAUUGGAUGUGUGAUUUCUUUUGUUUCUGUGAAGAGGAAAGGAUUGCUGCUGUUGUAAUUUUCUUGAACUGUUGGAUGUAUAGGAAAGGACCUCACCUAGUUUUCAAAAUGGGUGCUUUCCAGAAAUAUCUAAUACAAUCUACUCUGCCAUGUUUGAGUAAUGAACGAAAAGUUCUCUAUUGUUUUGCUAGAACUGACUGAAAUUUCACACCUCGAAGGUCAGCCUGCAUGUUGCAGCAGUGUCGCCUUUGCCAUUCAUCCAUCGGCUGCACGAAUGGUCUAGGCAUGGACGACCGAAAUUAUACAAUCCUGGUGUUUUUACUUGUUUAGUCCUAUGGUGGUGUUCUGUUUUGAGGCAUGUGGCUUU